AUGAGUGCUCUUUGCAAGCGUAACGACAGCUCCGGCGGAAACGUCCGCGUAACGAUAGCGAACCAUAGAGAGUCUACAACCCGUAACUUGCCGCAUUGGGUAAACGUCUCUGGUGCAAAAGACCAAGAGUCACGGAUCGUGUCCUGCUUGUGGCAUUUACCUCCGCAAAGUGGUGACCGCACAGUGGGCUUCCGGCGUGCGCAAGCCUCAUGGUGGCUCCAACACCUCCAGCUACCCAUCAUUGAGCCUCCAGAUACCCGUUCUUUGACAGGAAGGACCUGGCAUGAGAUGGACGCUCCGGCUGUUGCCCAUCGAUCUGAGAUUCAGAUUUGA